CCAAUUCUCUUGUGUUUGCAGCCACCAUUGGUCCAAGCGAUCUUCAGUGGGGACCCAGAGGAGAUACGGAUGCUCAUCCACAAAACUGAAGAUGUGAAUGCUCUGGAUUCGGAGAAGCGAACCCCUCUUCAUGUGGCUGCAUUUCUGGGAGAUGCAGAGAUCAUUGAACUCCUGAUUUUGUCAGGAGCUCGUGUAAAUGCCAAGGACAACAUGUGGCUGACCCCACUGCACCGGGCUGUUGCUUCCAGAAGUGAAGAAGCAGUGCAAGUAUUGAUUAAGCACUCGGCAGAUGUCAAUGCAAGGGACAAGAAUUGGCAGACCCCCCUCCAUGUGGCAGCAGCCAAUAAGGCCGUCAAAUGUGCGGAAGUGAUCAUUCCUCUCCUGAGCAGCGUCAAUGUCUCCGACCGAGGUGGGCGCACAGCCUUGCACCACGCGGCUCUCAAUGGACACGUGGAGAUGGUCAAUUUACUCUUGGCCAAAGGGGCAAACAUCAAUGCAUUUGACAAGAAGGACCGGCGUGCUCUGCACUGGGCAGCAUAUAUGGGCCACCUGGACGUUGUGGCACUGCUCAUUAACCAUGGUGCAGAAGUGACCUGUAAGGAUAAGAAGGGUUACACCCCUCUGCACGCUGCAGCCUCCAAUGGACAGAUCAAUGUGGUCAAGCAUCUCCUGAAUCUGGGGGUGGAGAUUGAUGAAAUCAAUGUCUAUGGAAACACGGCACUUCACAUCGCCUGUUAUAAUGGACAGGAUUCUGUCGUUAACGAGCUGAUAGACUAUGGUGCUAACGUGAACCAGCCAAACAACAACGGGUUUACCCCUUUGCAUUUCGCUGCUGCCUCCACUCAUGGUGCUCUGUGUCUGGAACUGUUAGUCAACAACGGAGCAGAUGUUAACAUUCAGAGUAAAGAUGGCAAGAGUCCUUUGCACAUGACAGCUGUUCAUGGAAGAUUCACACGGUCACAAACCCUUAUUCAGAAUGGAGGUGAAAUUGACUGUGUGGAUAAGGAUGGCAACACUCCUCUCCAUGUGGCUGCAAGAUAUGGUCAUGAACUUUUGAUUAACACCUUAAUAACCAGCGGAGCUGACACAGCCAAGUGUGGAAUCCAUAGCAUGUUCCCUUUACAUUUAGCUGCCCUAAAUGCUCACUCUGACUGCUGCAGGAAGUUGUUGUCAUCGGGCUUUGAAAUAGACACCCCAGAUAAAUUUGGAAGAACGUGCCUUCAUGCUGCUGCUGCAGGAGGUAAUGUGGAAUGUAUCAAACUCUUGCAGAGCAGCGGAGCAGAUUUCCAUAAAAAGGACAAGUGUGGGAGGACUCCUUUGCACUAUGCAGCUGCAAAUUGUCAUUUCCACUGUAUCGAGACAUUAGUGACCACAGGGGCCAACGUUAAUGAAACAGAUGACUGGGGACGGACGGCUUUGCACUAUGCUGCUGCGUCAGACAUGGACAGAAAUAAGACUAUCUUAGGCAAUGCCCAUGAAAAUUUAGAAGAGCUUGAAAGAGCCAGGGAGCUGAAGGAGAAGGAAGCCGCAUUAUGUCUAGAGUUUCUGCUUCAGAAUGAUGCAAAUCCAUCUAUCCGGGACAAGGAAGGUUACAACAGCAUCCAUUAUGCUGCUGCCUAUGGCCACAGACAGUGUCUGGAAUUGCUUUUGGAGAGAACCAACAAUGGUUUUGAGGAAUCCGAUUCUGGUGCUACCAAGAGUCCACUCCACUUAGCUGCCUACAAUGGGCACCAUCAAGCUUUGGAAGUCCUGCUGCAGUCACUGGUGGACCUGGACAUCAGGGACGAGAAAGGCCGAACUGCUCUGGAUCUGGCUGCCUUUAAGGGACACACGGAAUGUGUAGAAGCACUCAUCAAUCAGGGUGCAUCCAUCUUUGUGAAAGACAAUGUAACCAAAAGAACCCCACUUCAUGCCUCAGUAAUUAAUGGUCACACAUUGUGUUUGCGGCUGUUACUAGAAAUUGCAGACAACCCAGAAGUGGUUGAUGUGAAAGAUGCCAAAGGACAAACCCCACUGAUGCUUGCAGUAGCAUAUGGACAUAUCGAUGCUGUUUCAUUGUUACUCGAAAAGGAAGCAAACGUAGAUGCUGUUGACAUUAUGGGAUGCACAGCCUUACACAGAGGGAUUAUGACAGGACAUGAGGAGUGUGUGCAAAUGCUGCUGGAACAAGAAGUGUCAAUUCUCUGUAAAGAUUCCAGAGGGAGGACGCCCUUGCACUAUGCGGCCGCUAGAGGCCAUGCCACGUGGCUGAGCGAGCUGCUUCAGAUGGCUCUUUCCGAGGAGGACUGUUGUUUCAAAGAUAACCAAGGCUACACGCCACUGCACUGGGCUUGUUACAACGGUAAUGAAAACUGUAUAGAGGUACUUUUGGAACAAAAAUGUUUUCGAAAAUUUAUCGGUAAUCCCUUUACGCCACUGCACUGUGCAAUAAUAAAUGACCAUGAGAAUUGUGCAUCAUUGCUACUUGGGGCCAUAGAUUCCAGUAUUGUCAGUUGUAGAGAUGACAAAGGCAGGACACCCCUUCAUGCCGCAGCGUUUGCUGACCACGUGGAGUGCUUACAGCUUCUUCUGAGACAUAAUGCUCAAGUGAACGCAGCAGACAAUUCAGGGAAAACGGCAUUGAUGAUGGCUGCGGAGAACGGGCAGGCGGGUGCUGUGGAUAUUUUGGUGAACAGUGCCCAGGCUGAUCUGACUAUAAAGGAUAAGGAUUUGAAUACACCCUUACAUCUGGCUAGUAGUAAAGGUCAUGAAAAAUGUGCCUUGUUAAUACUUGACAAGAUACAAGAUGAGAGCCUUAUUAAUGCAAAAAAUAAUGCACUGCAGACACCCCUCCAUGUCGCUGCACGCAAUGGCUUGAAGGUUGUAGUUGAGGAGUUGCUGGCCAAAGGGGCUUGUGUACUUGCUGUAGAUGAAAAUGGUCAUACCCCGGCCCUGGCUUGUGCUCCUAACAAAGACGUGGCUGACUGCCUGGCCCUCAUUUUGGCUACCAUGAUGCCUUUUUCUCCUUCCAGUACAAUGACGGCUGUCAACUUCGUUUGUUUUAAAAAAGACAAUUUGAGCAGGACGACCCUCUCCAACCUGGGUAGCAUGGUUAGCCUGUGCAGUAACAACGUAGGCUCGGAGGAUGGGUACAAUGAAAAUGAUUCUGAUUCGGAAACAUUUUGACUUUGAACAGUAGAAGCUUUUGAUCACCUGUAUUGGAGAAAAGGAAAGAAGCUUGAUUGCAAGUUCAUGUUGUGUUUAAGCAUUAUUUGGGGCCCGAAUUUCCAGAAACUAAUAGAGAGAGGAAUUAAACCAAGGGAAGACAGCUAGGUUAUAGGGAAACUCAUGCAAACGGGCCCCAAUUUUGUUUUAUUUCAUGUUUUCCUUGGAUCUAAGUUACUUCUGUGAAAGUCUACCUCUCAUUUUAAGUAAGGAAUUUUUUUAAAAAGUAUUUACUUGUUUUUCUUUGGGGAUAAUGCAACUGAGAGGCAACUGUCUGCUAUAAAGAUUUUUUUUUUCAUGUACUUGGCAUGAAAAAAAAGUGAUUUCUCAGAAGUAUAUCAAUGUGACAUUCCUAUUCCCUGAGAGGGGAAGGAAGAGGUGGACGGGAAAUGCUCCAAACCUCUUCUCACUUUUAUGUUUACUUCCUCACUAGAAGCCAAAGGUAAAGGUGUUCAUCUUCAGAAAUAAUGCCUGUAAUUAUCUUUUAAAUGGAUUCCAACAAUGUAUGUCCUCUCUGUAGUAAGCACUUAAAUAUCCAGAACUUCUUUCUGAAAAUCUUGCUUAAAAUUGCCAGAUGAAUUUAAAAAAUUGAACUUGCUUUUAUCAUUUCACACAAAUGUGGCACCCAGUGCUCCUCAGAAAAAGCCUGUGACUAAUUUUCACGCUCAUGUUUGAACUCAAAUCUAUCUAAUAACAUUUCAGGUGAAAAUUAUACUUGCACCACAACUUUGAGACAAUGUGCAAAUUUAAUAUGAAACUAUGCUUUGUUAAUUCAUUCUUAAAUCACAAUACUAACUCUUUAAAAACAUCAACAUGAUCAGUAUUGCUCAUCAGUAGUAAAGUGUUAAACGAGCUUCUCAGUCAAGGUCAUGACAAAUGCGUGAAAGUAUGACUGCAAAGGGGAAUGACAAAAGUGAACUCGGAAAUAGGCAAUAUAGAAAUUAAAGCCAAUAACCAGUUGCUUGAUGGUGAAAUCAACAUAGUGAAUACUGUGUCUGCUCCCUCUGCCAAAGCUUCUAGGUCAAAUGGACCCCGUUCCACACCUGGAACAGCUGUGCAAAAAGAAGAAUGAGACUCUUUCAAUUAUGCACAUACACAUGCACACAUAUAUGUGUGUGUUUAUAUACAUAUAUAUAUAUAAUGUAUGUAAUUCAUCAACCAGCUAUGCGUGAGGACCAAAAUGCUUCAGUCUAACAUGGAAGAAUUAAAUUUUUUGUCUUCAAAAUGCAAGUAAGAACUGAAAUAGCUUUUCUACGGAAUUAAAAUGUAACCUUUUUGUGUACCAGUCUUUCUUGUAUUUUAUAUUUCUUAUGACACAAAUUUCUAGUUGACAGCUUAACAUUUGUAACUGAUGAUGUGUUGACCACGGCUUAUUUUUUUGCCAAACUAGAGAAAAUGUCCAGAUACUUUUGAUGUAAAUGUGUUUAUAUUUAUUUG